AGUCAAUCUUACUAUGGACCGACUAUUAUGUCUGCUGAAGAUGAUAAACUUCAAAUAAAAAAUCCUGAAAUGCAUCAUAUUCCUAUAAGUGUUCCUUGUUAUGCACAUGCACUUUCGUUAGACUUGUCUCGUUCUCUAGAAAACAUAUUAGAGCUUAAAGUCUUCUUCGGAUAUAUAAACUCUAUAGUGCGUUUCUUGAACAAAUCUACGAAAAUCUCUACAAUGUUUGAACUUUUUAGUGAGCGUUCCAUAACUGAAGUAACUGAAACUGAAUGCCACUUGCACUCGCGAAUAGUUACUGUUGUAUAUAGUCUUAGAUCAGAUAUAAUGCAAACGUUGAAUUUUAUUUUAACAAGUUUUGAAAAUUGGGAUAAUGAAACUAUUUCCCAGGCUGAAUCUUUAUCAAAUACAUUCGAAGAUAAGCAUUUUAAUUUUUUAUUGUGUGUAAUAUCCGAAAUUUUUACAAAAACAGACACACUCUUUAAUGAUAGCGAGAAUAGCAAUGUCAGUAUUGAUGCCGGAGCUAUAGAGGAUUUUUUGUCUUGGAUCAAUUUCAAGUUUGUGAAUAAAUUGGAUAAUUUUCUAAAGAAAGUGAACGAUUUGGUUUAUCCUUUUUAUAACCAAAGAAAGUUGCAUGUUGAAAUGGAGUCUAGGAGUCAUUAUAAAAAAUUAUUAAUUAAUAUUAAAGAGAAUAUAAUGUGCCAAAUUAAAUAUAGGUAUAAGUCUUUCAAUAAACUGAGUUUUUUAAAUUUAAUGAACAAAGACAAAUAUGAUUCAUUCAGCAAAUUAUUUCCAGAGGAAUUACUUAAUGAUCUCGUCUCUAAUUUCAAAGGAGUUUUUCAUUUUUCUGCUUUAAAAAAUGAAUUAAACAUUUUGUAUACAACUGCGAGUUUAAAAGAAAAGCAAGACAUAUAUGACAUAUAUCUUCACAUAAGUAAUGAUGUUAUAAAAGAUAUAUUCCCUCAAUUAUUAAAGUUAUGUACUAUAUUUUUGACCUUACCCAUUCCAAUUGCCUCUAUAGAAAAAUCUUUCUCAGCGCUUGAGAGGAUUAGGACUUAUUUACAAAACUCUCAAUCAAAAAGUAGAUUACCCAUUUCAUCGCUUAUUUCAAUAGAAAAUAAAUUACUUUUAAAUAUUAGAAAUAAGCCGUCCUUUUAUAAUGACGUUUUGUCGGAGUUUUUAAAAAUGGAUCACAGAAUAGCGCUGGAAUAUAAAUAAGGGGUUUUUCUUUUAGAUUUUUUUUUAAAUUAAACUAAACCAAAGCUAUAAAACCAACAAUUGACUCAACAUUUAUAGACUAAUCUAAUUGCUAGAAAAAUAAUAUAAGUAAUAUAAUAUAAUUAAUCUCCUACGCAACUAUGUUGGGAAUUCUGAAGUAGUAUGUGCUGAGUCUUUCAGGAAAACACUAUGAACGUUACUAUGUCAACCAAAGAAUACUAACAAACAUUAUAUAAAAUUUUUGGAUCCGCAUGAUUUGUAAAAGAUAAUGCCGUUUACAAAAAAAAAUUUACGCUAAUAAUGUUGAAUGAAGUUAUAUUUUUAAAGAAACCUUGGAAACUUGGCUGAACAAAGGCAAAGAUCGAACACAUCAAACUAAAUUUAUUAUAUAGUAGGAUAAGGGUAAUGUCCCUUUUAUAAAAGCCAAAAUCAACAUGGCUUCUUUAUGAUAUGUGUUGAACACUUGAAAACUAUGGAAACGUAAUCGAAAUAAAUGUGGAAUCUACAAACUAUUGUUAUAAACCCAGAAUGUAGAAUGCGUAUUACUUUGCUGUUAUAUUUCAGGAAUUAAAAUAAUUUUUAUAAACUAAAUUUUACUGCUAUUAUGUUGAAGCUAUUUGAGC